GGGACCCACUUUUUAAAAAUGACACUAUCGCGACCCAACUCGUGACUGUGGUAGCAGCUAGUUAACAAACUACAUUUAUUACCUUAUUGAACCGAGCGUCUACAGUAAGGAGAAGCUGGUUGUAUAAGUCAUUGGAUGCCUAUAACUAUGUCGUAAAUGGUCAUGUCCAAGACUUACAAUACAAUUAUGUUUCGGGUGAGUUUUGUGUUGUAAGAGCUGACAUAUUACCGAGCCAGCGCCAAGGUCACAAGGCAAAGAUGUACCAGGCUUGGGUUAUCGUGAGUCGAACGAACAACUACGUUCUCACUGGAAACUGUACUUGUAUGGCAGGAAAAAAAAAGACGACAACUAUGGCUAAAUGCCAUCAAAAGAAAGGACUGGGCGGAGGCGAUCAUCAAGAAUGCUCAUGUUUGCAGCGCACACUUCAUAACAGGCGAGGCUUCUACAGAUGAGAACAAUCCAGAUUUUGCCCCCUUCUGUCUUCCUAUUGUCAGCAGAGUGCCAGGUCUAUGGAAAAGGUUGCAAGGCUUGAAAGAAAAAAGAAAAGGGAUAACGCUACUUGGACAGAUGAGCAGGAGGAAGCUUCUUGGCAUGUCCAUGCUGAUGAUGCCCUAUUGACAGCAGAUGAACCAGAAGAGAAUAUGGUCCCACAAGAAGCCUACAACAGUCUAAACAACGCGGUCAUGGUUGUGGACAAAAAAACAUCACAGAUUUUCUGCAUCACCACUCUCCUCUUCACGGCUUUACAUGUCCAAGGUGUAAGAGGAUACUGGAUAAGAGAUAGGUAUGUAGCUGCUGGAGGGCAUGAAUCCUUGCCAUGUGCCGACAUGUGUAUGUCAGACUGCCUUAAGACUAUAUGGACCUACAGCAGCCCUCAAGGAGAACGGUUUGAUGUGAUGACGUAUGGGAGGGUCAGAACAGACAACACGAAGAGAGCUGAGAGAAUGAGCCCGAACCACUGCUGCAGCCUGGGCAUUGCUAAUGUCACUGCUGAAGAUGCUGGAGAAUACUAUUGUGGACCAGGAGGUGGAGAGAUUUCUCUCUCCAUCUUAGACAUCUCUGCAUCUCCAUCAAGGACGGACAGUGAUGUCUCUCUCUCCUGCCUCCUGCACACCCAUAAGGGCUGUGAAAAACGGUCUUUUACUGACAAGAUUCAUCGGAGCUGGAUAGAUGAGAAAGGUUCUCCACUGCAAGAAUCUGCUGACCGCCAGAUCCAAAACACAUCUGCCUGUCACACCACACUCAAAGAGUCGCACCUUCACCAAAGGGAGAAGACAUGGAGUUGCCAACUGACCACCAGAUGGAGAUGGCUUAAAAUUGUAGCCACCUAUACAAUGUUAGAUCCAGAUCCAACCGGAAGAUCCCCGGGACUCAUGAUGGAAUCUGACGAAAUGGGAAAAGCAAAGAAGGGGAAAUCCAGUGCAUCUUUAGAGCCUCUUGAAGAUACUGAACUUCAAGAUUUGAAAUAACACCAAACCCCUUCCCUUAUAUAAUAUAAUUUUCUUGAGAUUUAAAAGCAAGAUUUUUAAAUUAUAUACUUACACGUGGUACAUUAAAGCUACAGUGUGUAGGAUUUAAGGCCAUCUAGAAAUGGAAUACAGUAUUCAAAAUGAUGUUUUUAGUGUAUUAUUACAUACAUACAUACAAGACUUGUGUUUUUGUCAGCUUAGGCUUAAAAUGAGCCCAUUAUAUCUAAAGUCCAUGUGCAUAUUGUGCCACCAUCUUGUUACUAGUCUAUAUUACUAUGUAAGUCAACAAGAAUAGUUAAUAGUGUUUGGCUUUAUUAUCUUGUUGAUUUGUGUUGUCUCACUACUUUUUAAACUUUUUUUGGCCUUCCUUGUCUGUAUCUAUUUUAUUUAUUCAUUUGUCCUUUUAUUUAAUAUACUGUAUCCUAAGACUUGUUCCUAUGUCUCAGGGAUAUUGUGUGUGUGUAAAAAGAAUGCUAAAGAUGAGCAUGCAGUAUGUGCAGCAUCAGGUUGGCAUCAG